UUUUUAGCGCACUUAUACUUUUUCUUGUCCCCAAUCGAUGUCAUGUUCUGUUUUAUUUUGCAUCUGUCUGUCAUUCUCUUACCAUUCUCAUCUCAUAAGUUUUUAGUCCACUUAUUUUUUUUCGUGUCCAAAAUCGAUUAUCAUGUUCAUCAUCUUUCAUCUCUUCCUCUGUUUAUCACUCUCUUAUUCUCCUCUCAUAGAUUUUUAGUCCACUUGUUUUGUUUGUCUUCUACACGUCUCACGUAUCAAGGCACACUGAUAAGAACGUGUCCAUCUAUGUACUUAUUUCAUUGUUUGUGGUAUUCCAUUAUCAAUUCGCCCCAUGUCGUGCUAAGCCGUGUGUGUCUCUAUGUUCUCGUUCCAGCAUAAACUUAACACAUGUCUCAUACUAAGCCUCGUGUGUCUCCUUGUUCCAGGGUGUGACGGGCAGCACCAGCGCUUCCGUAUCCGCCCCAAGAGUGUGGAGGUGCGGGAGGGGGAGGACGUGUUUCUGGAGUGCGCCGUCGACCACCAAAAGGGCAAGGCGCAGUGGACUAAGGACGGCUUCGCUCUGGGUUUCGAGAGGCUGGUCCCCGGUUACCCUCGCUACUACUACGAGGGUGACCCGUCCAAGGGCGAGCACCACCUCCUGAUCACGGGCGUCACUCUCACGGAGGACGGCGAGUACCAGUGUCAAGUUGGCCCCACCGCCACCACCCCGCCAAUCUGGACAGCCGCUAAUGUGACGGUGAUAUUGGCGCCCUCCUCCGUUAGCAUCGUGGGCUGGACAGACGGCGCCGUGGUGGAGGUCAUGGCCGGCUCGUCCCUCACGCUGGAGUGCCUAGUGGCCGACGCGCGCCCAGCCCCUGCAGCCCUGUGGUAUCGCGCCGGGCGCCAGGUGGAUCCAGGGCUACAAGAGGACAGAGUGGAGGCGAGCAGUCUAGCGCGGCGGUGGAGUCUGAGGAGCCAACUGGUGGUGGAGGCGUCGGCGGCAGAUGACGGGAAGGUGUUCGCCUGCCAUGCCGUGCACCCCGCCCUGCACGACCUGCCCCACGGCCUGCACGCCAGCAUCACCCUGUCCGUGCUGCAUCCCCCCGGGCCGCCCACCAUCACUGGCUACGAGACUGGGGAGAUUCUUCUAGCGGGGGAGAGGCGUACGUUAACCUGCCGUGUGUCUGGGGGCAAUCCACGACCCUGGGUGCUCUGGUACAGGGACGGGCGCCUCGUGGACGACACCACCUCCGAGGACGAGGACGGGGUGUUCAACGCGUACGAGGUGACGGUGACGGCGGAGGAGGGCGGCGCCGUGUACGAGUGCAGCGUAACCAACGACCUGCUGGAGACGCCCUACACGGCCAACGUCACGCUCACUGUGUACUACGCCCCGCGCACCGUGACAGUCCUGGGCCCGUCGCAAGUUGAGGACGGGGUGACCAUCAACCUGACCUGCUUCACCAGCGUCUCCAACCCUCCGGCCUCGCUCACCUGGGCCGUGGCAGGCGAGAUGCGGGAGCCGAGCAAGGCCGUGGUGGCGCCGCAGGAGGACGGGGGUUGGGUCAGCACAUCGCACCUGACGCGGCUCCAGGUUGGCGGGCGGAACGUGUCGGCCGUGCAGGUGGAGUGCCGCGCCGUCAACCCCGCCAUCGACCACGUGGUGAAGAAACUGAAGAGCAUCACCAUUACGAAGCCACCCGGAGCGCCUCGUUUCCUGGGUGACCUUCGCCGAGAGGUCAUCGCGGGGUCAACACUGGAGGUCACGUGCUCUUCCGAAGGUGGACGGCCGCCCCCCACGCUCAGGAUCUACAAGGCCGGCGAGCCCCUCCUGACGGACCUGCAGCGCGCCGGCAACACCACGCUGGGUCAGGCGCAAGUGCAGGUCACGCCGGCCGACAACGGGGCGGAGGUGACGUGCGAAGCGACCAACUCCCCGCACAGCGCCCCGCCCACCGCCUCCUUCACCCUCGGCGUGUUGUUCGCGCCCUGGGACGUGCAGGUUGAGGCCCGGCCUGCCACGGUGCGCGAGGGCCACGAGCUCGCCAUCACCUGUCUGUCCACGCCGAGCCUCCCGCCCUCCAACCUCACCUGGACCUUCGACGGCGUGCCCAUCCGCCCCGCAGCGCCCCCCACCACCUCCCCGGGCGACCACGGCGGCGUUGUGACCAGGUCUGAGGUGCGUCUGAGGCCUCGCGCGCGGGACAACGGGCGGCCGGUGGUGUGCACAGCGGACAACGGCCUGGACCAACCCGUGAAUGGCGAGGCGACCCUGGAUGUGACGCAUCCCCCCAUUUGGGUCGCCAAGCCGCCGGAGAAGGUGGAUGUGAUCGAGGGGACGGAGGUGGUCAUCACGGCCGAGGCAUCAUCCAAUCCCGGGCCUGUCAUGUACUCGUGACGUCGGCGUGAGAAGGAGCUGGAGGCGGGUCCCGAGGGCAAGCUGCGCCUCGGCCACGUGUCCAGGUCCUUCUCCGGCAGCUACUCCGUCAACGCCUCCAACGUGUUCGGUCACGUCACGGCGGACUUCUAUAUCAACGUGAUGUACGGUCCCGAGCACAUCGCCACGGAGGAGAUGGUGACGGUGAACCAGGGCAAGCGUGUGUCCGUGCAGUGCUCCGCCGCAGGGAACCCGCCGCCCACCAUCACCUGGACACGCAGGGAGGAAGCCUACAACAGCUCCUCCAUGCCCCUGGCCUCCGGGGUGGGCGUGGCGCACCUGGUGGUGGAGGACGCCAGGUGGAGGGACACGGGCGUCUACCUGUGCCAAGCGGCCAAUCAGGUGACGCGCUCGCCGCCCGCCACCACCAAGUUCAUUGUGACGCAGCCAGCAACAGAGGCGGGCGGCGGGGACAGCGGGGAGGGGUCGUGGGCGGCGGUGGGCGGCAUCGGGCGGCUGGCGUGUCAGGUGAGGGCCGCGCCGCCGCCGACCUUCCGCUGGGUGAAAGGUACCGGUGAGAUCCUCAAGACCAGCGACAAGUACAUCAUCCACCGACCUAAGCUUCAGGACGGGUUGGUGGAGUGGGCGUCGGUGCUAGAGGUUCGCACGGUGACACAGCGGGACUACGGGGAAUACCUCUGUACCGCACACAACCACCUCGGCGCCACCUCGCUCACACGCACCCUCAGCCCGCAGACACGCCCGCACCCGCCACUCAAUCUCACGGUAAGCAACGCCAGCAGCAGCACCAUCACGCUCUCUUGGUCGCCUAAUUACGGUGGUGGGCUUCCGAGAGGCUACACCGUGCGCUACAGGGCCGCGGGGUCGACGCUGUACCAGAUGGUGGAGGUGUCCGGGGGGGCGUCGCACGGGGUCACGGUAGCCGGCCUGUCCCCCGACACUCAGUACCUCUUCACCGUGCAGGCCCACAACCCGCAGGGACACUCCUCCUACGUCACGCCACAGGUCGCCGCCACCACGCGAGGUGCCCCGGGUCAGCUCACGGUGUCGGGUGGGUCAUCAGUGGGGGGGUCACGCACGCAGGCAACAGGCGUGGGGGGGUCCUCUGCGCCUUCCUCCCGCCUCCCGCGCCUCAUGGUCCUGCUCGUGACCCUGAGUGGCGCGGCGCUGCUGGCUCUCAACGUGGCCAUCGUGGGAUGCUUCGUGAGGCGGCGGGCACUCAACAGGGGCGCUUCAGCCUCCUCCUCCACCAAGAACGUAGCGGUGGACGUGUACGGCGUGACCCCCGCCUCCACCCCGGGCCUCCACCACAGCGACAACCACCUCUCCCUCACAACCAUGACCCCCUCGCUGCACCCCUCCACCCCGCCGCCCUACCAGGAAGACCAACAAACCAGUCUCGACGACCUCGACGCAAAGGUGACAACCCACGACCCAACGCCUCGCCUCAACGGGGUGCUGGUGGGGCAACGCGGUGGUGGUGGUGACGCCACCACCACCACCACCACAAAGACGAACACCACACCCACCACCACCACCACCACCAGCGCUGCCAACACCAUCUACUCCGCCACAAUGAGUCCAGGGAGUGUGAAGCGAAUGGCCGGGUCGAGGAACCACAACCCGUCGAUCACCACUACCAUCACCACAUCCACGGCCCCUUCUGGUGUUCCUGGUGUUGGUGUUGGGCUUAGCAGGUCACCGCGCGCUAGUCCGAUCCCCCAACGCACCAUCAGCGAGGACUCCACGUCAACGAUCCCCUCCAGCACCUACGACACGCCGCAGAGUCAACACCACACGCAGAACCCCGACCAAGUGUCCCUCUCCUCGUUCCAAAGUGACUACUCUCGCGGUUAUGAAUACUCACACCCGCACCUCCAGCAUUACCACCCGCUCUGCCCGCACCACCACCACGGCCAGCACCACCACCACGGUCAACACCACCACCACCACCCGCAGACGGCCUACGCCCCCGCCCUCUACCAGACACAGACGCAAACACAGACGCCCUUAUCAGAUCAGACUCUCCGCUCGCAGGCUUCAAGGGACCGAACUGGGGCGGUACUGGGGGCGGCUCAGGUUCCCCCAGCUUACACGGGGCUUAAUCCCUCUGGCUUGUGCAACCUCAGGGCCCAGGAACAUGACCUGACCACCACCACCACCACCACCACCACCGUGCCCCCCCCGGCUCAUCCCCAGCAGCAGCAGCCGUCCCCCUUGUCCCUACUUCCUGGGUCGCCGGCUACCUACGCCACACUCGGGCCAAGAAAAAGGAAACCCACGCCCUCGAAGUUCGCCAGCCUGCCACGCCCGAAACCCUCCAACGCUCCGGCACACGCCCACACCCCACGCCCGCCCCAGACAGACGCCGCCCCCACACAGGGUCAAGUCGUGGAGGGCGUGCGUCGGGGGUCACUUCAGAGCUUCCACGCUGCCUCCCACGCCCAGCCACAGAGUCAACCCCAACACACGCCCGCGCACGCCCACCCUCAGACACAGAUCUACACGCACACCAACCCACAGACACCAGUAUACACACACACGCUUCCACAGACACAGGUAUACACAGGGACGCACCCACAUGCACAAAGCCUCGCACACACGCACCCGCACACAUACACACACGCCUACACAAACCCACACAUGCAAGCACACCCACCCACACACGCACACACACGUACAGACUCACAAACCUACACUCAAGUUCUUCCAUCACCCCAAAGUCGUGUGCCGCCACCCCAGACAGUCCCAACCCCACAAGUCGGUAACCCCAGUGUCCCAAUACCCCAGCAUCGACCCCACGACCACCAGCAUGACCCCAGCAAGCCCCACCACGCCCACACACCCACGCAGCUCCAGGACACACCCGCGCAACGCCUUCAACGCAGCAGCAGUGUCGGGCAGUACACGGCGAACAGCCCAACGCGUACAGGAAGCCCAGUUCAGCGCACCCAAAGCCCGAUCCAGCACACGCAGCGCACGCAAAGCCCUGUUCAACGCACGCAACAGACGAUUCUGCGCUCGAACAGCCUAACGCGGCGGCCUCCUGAUGCUGUGAAUGUGACCACGCAGCAUCACCAACAGCAUCAGCAGCAUCAACACCAUCACUACAAAAACGUUCCGAAUAAAGCGUCGAAACUCACAACGCAGGACCCAAACAACACUAACAUCGCUGCAACACCACUAACUACCCCUCCUCCCCCUGCUACUCCUACACCACCUACUCCUACUACCACUACUACGACUCCCGAUGUUAGUGUUAGUCGUCCUCGGUUUCCCUACGACUUCGUGCGGCAAAACUCCCUCAGAAGUAAAAAGGAGGAAGGGAAAAGGGACGGGAAAGAAAACGGGGAGCGCGCAGACACCUCCUCCUCCUCCACCAAUCAGAGAUAAUCUUGACGUCACAUCCCGUUUUCCUUUUACUCCCUGAAGACGUUAACUGUUGUAUUUGUAAGUCUUAGGUUAUAAGUGUGAGAAUGAGAGUGCGAGUGAGUUGUUGUGAGUGAGAGAGAGAGAGAGAGAGAGAGAGAGA